AUGACGAGGCCGCUUUCAAUUGAGCGGCAACCCGAUCCUGACUAUGAGACAGCGAUGCUCUGGGCUACCGCCUAUUUUGAAGAGAGCAUUGAGCACACACUGGGAUUGGUGCCACGCCAGGCCUUCGAGUGUCGACUUCAACAGCAUUAUUCGCAAUCAGAACCCGUCGGUGCCGAUUUUGCCUGGUAUAGCCUCCGAAACACCGUGUUUGCCAUCGGAAGUCGCCUUGUACUAGGUCGAGGCGGUGGACCGGUGAACUAUGCAACAGCGCAGAGACAAUCCUGGUUGUACUUUGAGAAUGCUCUCGCUGUCCACACUAAUCUGGUGUACAUGCCCUCCAACAUUAGUGCUAUCGAGUGCAUCCUGCUUAUGGCUUUUUACUGUGAAGGAAUCUCGGCUCCUUCAUUAGAGUAUAUGUUGCUAUCCACGGCAAUCCGUUUGGCCUUCUCCAAACGACUUCAUCUACAACCCCCUUCCCAAUGUAGCCUCUCCGAAUCUGAGAAGGCCACGCGAAACUGGCUGCUCUGGGUGAUGUAUUUAUACGACAAACACAUUGCCUAUAGGUCUGGUCGACCGUCAAUGAUCCGCGACGACGAUAUCAACGUGGCAUUACCGACCGCGCCCCGGCACGACACUCACACCGACCUGGGGCUCCUCCUUGCUUCCGUUCGCCACGCACAGAUCUCGUAUGCUAUCGAGAGGGAACUCUUCGGCACUAAGUCGCGAGUACGGUCGAUUGAGGAGAUUAGCAAGACCGUCAAGAAACUCGACGCCGACUUGCGGGCGUGGUACGCCGACUUGAGGCAAGAAUACCUUCUCUACACGCCCAAUCGGCCCAAAGUUCUCCAUCCUCGUAUCAGCCACAUCCAUUUCCUGUUCCUUCAACAUUGCUUCCACGGAGCUCUGUGCGUGCUGCACUCCGUCUUCGCCCAGCCAUGGAGGGAGAGUCAAUUGCAGCAGCGACAGAGCGCCGAAUACGCCAAGCAGGCCCAGGAAAGUGCCUCCAUUAUCGCUGAGGCAUCUCGAGCCAUCGUUCUCGAUAGCCAAAGAUUUGCCAUCGACGCCAGUACGCCUGCCUGGCUGAUGUUCUACUUUCCUGUUCUCGCUGCGACGAAUUUAUUCCUCAACAUUGUGCGCUCGCCCACGAAUCCCCGUGCACAAUCCGACGUUACUUUGAUCGAAAUCGUUGCCGGAAUGUUCGCCCGACUCGACUAUGCCAGCGGCGGCCAGCUGAACAUAAGCUUUCCUCGAGAGGUGGCCGAACACGCUCGCAACCUGGCUUUCAAAUGCCGCGAAUGGAAUCCGGACGCAGACUCGCGUCAGUGGACGUCAGAGCUAGACAAAUUGUUCCCCUCGGGCACUGAAAUGUCGGGCGAUUACGAGGUUAGUGAGAUCUUGACCGACCGCUUGAAUAUUUUAUAA